AUGUUGUUCGUCAUUUUAGCGUGUUUGCUGGGCAAUUCCGCCUCCCAGCUGUUAGAAACCCAGCAGGACGAUUGGGAAUCGUACCGUUUACCUGCCAUUUACGCGCCGAUAAAGUACCACAUAAACCUCCAAGUACCCGAAGAGGCUCUAACCGGUGGAAACACUUCUUUCAACGGAACCGUAAGCAUCUUAUUCCAAGUCACCGAAGAAACUAAGAAAAUAGUACUGCAUUCUUUAGUGGAUGUACAAAAUGUAUAUUUAUUCGCUAACACCACACCUGUAAGUGUAUUAAAUAAAACCGUCGAUAGUACUAGAGAAUUCCUAACGGUACUAACUACAUCAAAUCUGAUUGUUAACGUUAACUACACGUUAACAAUCGAUUAUAAAGCCGUAAUGGAUCCGAAGAGUAUGACGGGAUUUUAUAGGAGCGAAUAUACAGUUAAUGGUAUUAAAGAGUACUUGGGUACUACCCAGUUCCAAGCGACGCACGCCAGAAGGGCUUUUCCUUGCUUCGACGAGCCUCGGUACAAAGCCGUAUUUAACUUAACUCUACAGUACCCUGUGGGAUUCACAGCCAUUUCUAACACACCGAUAUCCUCCAAUACUACCACUGGUGAUAGAGAAUCAACAACGUUCAAGGAAACCCCCGUCAUGUCGACUUACCUCCUCGCAUUCACCGUAUCGAAAUUUUCUUGCUUGUAUUCAGGCGGUACCAUACCAUUCGGAGUGUGCUCCAGGUCAUCUCUGGUAACCGACAGGAGCUUCGCUUUGGAGUACGGUAGAACCAUAUUGGAGGCUUUCGACACCUGGACGAAUUAUCCAUACGCUUCAACCGGCAUCGGUAAAAUGGACCAGCUGGCCAUACCGGAUUUCAGCGCAGGCGCGAUGGAGAACUGGGGAAUGGUCACCUACAGGGAGUACCUCUUGUUGUACAACCAAAGCUACACCUCGAACAUCUACAAGCAGCGAUUGGUGGCGGUGAUUGCGCACGAAUUCGCCCACAUGUGGUUCGGGGACUUGGUCACCUGCGGGAGUUGGGACUACACGUUCCUCAACGAAGGCUUCGCCAGGUACUUCCAGUACUUCAUGCUGAGCCAAGUGGCCGGCUUGGGAGAUUUCGAAAUCGAGAAGCAGUUUGUCGUUGAACAACAGCACAGUGCGUUCGUUGCUGAUGCAGCUACGGAUGCUAAGGCUCUGACGGCCGGAGCCUGGACGCCUGAGCAGAUCAGCGGUAAAUUCGAUACGAUUUCGUACAAUAAGGGAGCUAGUGUUUAUAGGAUGGUGGAGAAUCUGAUUGGUUCCGAUGCGUUCCAAGCGGCUUUGCGAAAAUAUCUGCUUAACAACAUUUACAGUUCCACUACUCCAGAUAUAUUAUGGAACACGAUAAGUACCGAAGUGCCAAGCGGUGUUUUACCUACAGGACUCAACCUAACUGUAAUUAUGAACAACUGGACGAACAAACCAGGUUUUCCAGUCGUUUCCGUUUCUUUAAAAGGCGACUCAAUCACCCUGUCGCAGAAACGAUUCGUUUACAACUCCUCUUUCACCGACUCCACUCAAUGGUACGUUCCGAUUUCUUACGCUACAUCUAACGGUACUGCCAACAAAGUAUGGUUGAAGCCCAACGAAUCGAUAACUUUGAACAAUAUCAAAUCGGAUUGGAUCAUCGUGAAUAACAAUUCCACAGGUUACUACCGGGUACUGUACGAUGCUCAAUUGCGCUCUAAACUUGUCAAAGUUUUGUUGACGAAUCACGAAACUUUAAGCGAUUUAAAUAGAGCUCAGCUCAUAGACGAUGCUCUAAAUCUAGCUAGAGCCGGUCACUUACGUUACUCUGAAGCUUUCGAAUUUUUGAAGUACCUCAAAAACGAAACGUCCUACUACCCGUGGUACGCCGCCAUCACUGGAUUGAACUAUCUAACUCUACGAUUGGGCCAAGAUUCCGCAUUAGGUCAAAAAGUAAACGAAUUUCUAUUGGACUUAGUGAACGAUUCGAUAGAAUUGAGUAAUUGGGAAGCGAGCAUAGGACACGUGGACAGUCUAAAAACUCAAUUACUCGCCCGUACCGCCUGCAGAUUGGGACACGAGGGCUGCGCGAGCAAAGCCAAAAGCCUCUUCAACGAGCUCACGCUGAACUCGAAGAGCAUAAACACCAAUUUAAGGGACGUGGUGUACUGUAACGCCUUGAGGUACGGCAACGCGAGCACCGAUUGGUACUACUUGUGGAACCGGUACCACGCCAUCGAUCAACCACACGAAAAACUGUACAUCACGACGGGUUUGGGCUGCACGAAGAACGAGACUCUGUUAUCUCAGUACUUGGAUCAAUCGUUUAACGAAUCAUCGAUCAUCAGAAUCCAAGAUAUGGCGAGCGUUUGGUCAGCCGUGUACAGCGCCAGUACCGCCGGUGCUCGAGUGGCCUUUGACAAGUUCGCGAACAACCACGAAGCUAUAUUGAACCAUUCCUCGGACGCGACUGCCAUCUUUUCCAACAUAGCUAGGAGGUUUAGUACUCAAGAUGAACUGGAUCGUCUGGAACAUUUCGCCGGGGAACACCCGGGUAACUCCACCAUAGCCAAUGCAGCUAGUUCCGCUUUGGAAAUAGUUAGAGAAAAUUUAAAAUGGCGAUCGUCGAUCAGCGGAGAUCUCGAACGGUACUUCGGAAUUGCCGGCCCGCCGUCUUCGAGCUCUUCUACAGUAGCUUCUAUUUUGUUAUUAAUUUCGUUGCUUAGUUUGUUGUACAAAACUAAUUAA